UAUGAACAGGAUUAUGAUUUUAUUCUAAUAUCUAUCAUACUUAUAAUUUUCAUAAAUUAAGAAAAUAAUAUUUUUCAUGAAAUUUAUGUAUAAAAAAAACCGUACAUCACACGCGCUUCCAUCUAGUAACUCAUCAAAUUGAUUGGAAAUUUCUUAUCUAAUUCAUCUUUUUAUUGGGAGCAUUAAUCCUAAUUGGAUCAACACAAAAUAUGGUCCCCACCCCAAUAACUUUUGUAAGUUUCAAGUCACUAAAAUAAAAUAAAUAAAUAAUAAAACAUCAUCAUUUAUCAUAAUUAUAUCCAACCUAAUCUUACCCACUAAUUUUCACUAUUAAUCCCACUAAUCCCUCCCACAUAAAAACUCCUAAUAAUAAUAAUCUCCUAAUAAAUCCCAAUUUUUAAUUUUUCCCUUAAAUAAAACCAACCAAAAAUAGUCCUUAAUCAAUCCCACCCUCCUCUUUAAAUACCCCUUUCCAAUCACCUUCUUCUCUCAAAUUUCAACUUUCUCUCUCUAAAUAUUGAACUUUUUCUCUUUAAAUAUUGAACUUUCUCUCUCUACUUUCUUCCUCUCUCAACAAUGGCAGAAACCAACAACAACAAUGGCGGACUCUCAAACAAUGGCGCCGAUUCCAAAGGCUUAGUCGUGAGUUUCGGAGAGAUGUUGAUCGACUUUGUUCCGACAGUUUCAGGCGUUUCUCUCGCCGAAGCGCCGGGAUUCCUUAAAGCUCCCGGCGGCGCUCCGGCGAACGUUGCGAUCGCCGUUGCAAGGCUCGGCGGUAAAGCCGCCUUCGUCGGAAAACUCGGCGAUGAUGAAUUUGGUCUCAUGCUCGCCGGAAUUCUCAAGAAAAACGGUGUUUCCGGCGACGGUUUGACGUUCGACCAAGGUGCGAGAACUGCUCUCGCUUUCGUUACGCUAAAAGCUGAUGGUGAAAGAGAAUUCAUGUUUUACCGGAAUCCGAGUGUUGAUAUGCUUCUUACUCCUGAUGAGCUCAACCUCUGUUAGGUUUUAGAGUGAUUUUCAAUCAAGAAAACACUAAAUAUAUGUGUGGGAACAAAACCUAAAUA